GUUUUUUUUUUUACCUGGAAUAAAUGCACGAUAAUAAGCUGAUCGUAAAAAUCUACUCCGAAAACAAUUAUUUUGCUACGAUUUUCCCAGCGAGUUGCAAACGUACAAAUUCGAGCACUGGCGCAUACUUACUCCUAUAUAUGUAUGCCGGGGAGAAGAUAUUUUCAAAAUAUAAACAAAUUCGCGUUACAGAAGACAGUGAUACGUAUGUGGGAGACUCAAAGGGUAUUCCAUUUAAAAUCGAACUUGAGAGGGAAUUCUCAUAUCCGUUACGAUUUUCAACUUUUAAAUUUAUUUCGAAAAUUCAUCUAAAUAAAAAUGGCAAGCGGUAUUGCAUCGUCAACCCCUGUACGGGAUGGCUCCAAUUUCGCAACACAACUCUUGGGCAGGAUACAACAACUUUAUGAUGAGCAGAAAUUAGUGGAUGUGACAUUUAAGGCUUUUAAUCCAACAGUUUUGAUUCCGGCUCACCGUUUAAUAUUAUCAGCCACCAGUGGCUACUUCCAGAAGCUCUUUAGCCGCGAUCAAGAUACAUCACCUAUAAUUGAAAUAAAUGAAAUUAAUAGCGAUACUUUCGAACGCCUGAUCGCUUUUUGUUACACCGGCAGGACACUGAUAACCCAUGAAAAUGUCGCUGAAAUGCUAAAGGCGAGCGUUAUUCUACAAUUGGAUGAUGCUGUCGCCGAUUGCAUGGAUUAUAUUUUUGAAAAUAUAACGGUAUAUACAUUGGAGUGGGCAUACUCCCUCCAGCGUGAGACUCAGUGUGAACAUCUGCGACAGAAAAUCCACGAAUAUGAAAUACGGCAUUUUAUGGAGAUAAGCAAUAGAGCUGAAUUUUUGAGUUUUGACAUUGAAAAACUGAAAAGAAUACUGGAGAGCGAAGAAUUGAAUAUAACCUGUGAAGAAGAUGUGUUUGCUGCGAUUAAAUGUUGGUAUGAACAUGAUGCUGUGAGUCGUGAAUGUCAUUUGUCUGACCUAAUCGGUUGCUUGCGACUCUCACAGUUUGAUGUAAAUUUUAUAAUGACAAAUAUUCAGCCGUUGCCAGGAUGUGAGUCGUUGGCCUUAAAAGCAAUAGUCUGGGCCACUCAGCCAAUGGCACGUGCAAUGAUAUCACUAAAAUUCAAGGAACCGAGAAACAGUUUACGUAGCAGUCUUGAAGAGACAUAUACCUAUUUGGCGGUGGAAAGAAGUGAUAACGGUGGUCCUAAAUGUUUGUUACGAUACAAUGAAACAUCAGAUGAAUGGCUAAAAUAUAAAGAGAUCGAUUUUAAGGGUGUCAGCUUUUUCGAAGUUAUACUUAAUGAUAAUAAUCUUAUUUUCAUCGGUGGACGACGAGACCAGCGAGUCUUGAAUAACGUUAAAAGUUGGAAUUUGCGAACUAAAACAUGGAAUCAGCUGCCAGCAAUGAUUUGCCCACGAGAAGGACAUUGUGUUGCGCUUUUAGAUGGCAAAAUUUACGCGAUUGGUGGAUCGAAUGGAAAUAUUACCCUAAUGUCGAUGGAGGUGCUCACUUCUGCUGGCGAUUGGAGAUUCGGACGUAGUAUGAAUACGCCACGUAGGGAAGCAGCUGUAGUGACUUUGAAUGGAAACAUUUUCGUUAUGGGUGGUUACGAUGGAAAUAGAUAUUCCAACUCUGUUGAACAAUACAAUCCAAACACAAAUCUAUGGACUUCGUGUGCGAGCAUGAAUAAUUAUUAUUGGCUACAUGGUGCCGCCGUGCAUAAAGGAUGCAUAUUUGUUGUAAAAGGUGGCGGUCACAAUAGAGCAGCGGAGCGAUACGAUCCACAAAAAAAUGAAUGGACGGAGAUCUGUGCUUUACCAAACGGAGGUGAGCGUACAGCUUGUAUUUCUAUCAACAACCACCUAUGGGCUAUCGGUGGCUUUUCUAAUCAACUUACAGACAGUACCCAUGUUUAUGACGAGGAAACUGAUCGGUGGCUGCAAAAAACUCCGCUACCAAAAGCUGGUUAUUACUCUUGCUUUGCGGAGCUUAAAGCUUUACAAUAAUUUUGAUCAAAAAAAUAAUAAAAUAUGAAAAUUAUUAAAAUUAUUUU